UACAUCCUCGAGCCGUGGUUCGCGGCCUCCUCCUCAGUCGGGAUCAACCGAUGGAGGUUCCUGCUUCAGUCUCUGGAAGAUCUGGACACGAGUUUAAGGAAACUGAACUCCCGCCUCUUCGUCGUCCGGGGACAGCCAGCUGACGUGUUCCCCAGGCUAUUCAAGGAGUGGGGCGUGACCCGCUUGACCUUUGAAUAUGACUCGGAACCCUUUGGGAAAGAACGGGAUGCAGCCAUUAUGAAGAUGGCCAAGGAAGCCGGUGUGGAGGUGGUGACCGAGAACUCCCACACCCUGUAUGACCUGGACAGGAUCAUUGAGCUGAAUGGGCAGAAGCCGCCCCUCACCUACAAGCGCUUCCAGGCCAUCAUCAGCCGCAUGGAGCUGCCCAGGAAGCCAGUGGGCUCGGUGACCAGCCAGCAGAUGGAGAGCUGCCGGGCUGAGAUCCAGGAGAACCACGACGAGACCUACGGCGUGCCCUCCCUGGAGGAGCUGGGGUUCCCCACGGAAGGACUCGGCCCAGCUGUUUGGCAAGGAGGCGAGACGGAAGCCCUGGCCCGCCUGGAUAAGCACUUGGAACGGAAGGCCUGGGUUGCCAACUACGAGAGACCCCGAAUGAACGCCAACUCCCUGCUGGCCAGUCCCACAGGCCUCAGCCCCUACCUGCGCUUCGGCUGCCUCUCCUGCCGCCUCUUCUACUACCGCCUGUGGGACCUGUAUAAGAAGGUGAAGCGGAACAGCACUCCCCCCCUCUCGCUAUUUGGACAACUCCUGUGGCGAGAGUUCUUCUACACGGCGGCCACCAACAACCCCAGGUUUGACCGCAUGGAGGGGAACCCCAUCUGCAUCCAGAUCCCAUGGGACCGCAACCCCGAGGCCCUGGCCAAGUGGGCCGAGGGCAAAACGGGUUUCCCUUGGAUCGACGCCAUCAUGACCCAGCUGCGGCAGGAAGGCUGGAUCCACCACUUGGCCCGCCACGCCGUGGCCUGCUUCCUCACCCGCGGGGACCUCUGGGUCAGCUGGGAGAGCGGGGUCCGGGUGUUCGACGAGCUGCUCCUGGACGCGGACUUCAGUGUGAACGCGGGCAGCUGGAUGUGGCUGUCCUGCAGCGCCUUCUUCCAGCAGUUCUUUCACUGCUACUGCCCGGUGGGCUUCGGCCGCCGCACGGACCCCAGUGGAGACUACAUCAGGCGAUACCUGCCCAAACUGAAAGGCUUCCCCUCUCGGUACAUCUACGAGCCCUGGAACGCCCCCGAGUCCGUUCAGAAGGCAGCCAAGUGCGUCAUCGGAGUGGACUACCCACGGCCUAUCGUCAACCACGCCGAGACCAGCCGGCUCAACAUCGAGCGCAUGAAGCAGAUUUACCAGCAGCUCUCCCGCUACCGCGGCCUCUGUCUGCUGGCGUCUGUCCCUUCCUGCGUGGAAGACCUCAACCACCCAGUGGCAGAGCCCAGCUCGAGCCAGGCCGGGGACAGGAGCAGCACAGGCCCAAGACCACUGCCCAGCGGCCUGGCAUCCCCGAAGCGCAAGCUGGAAGCAGCGGAGGAGCCGCCUGGCGGAGAGCUCAGCAAACGGGCCAGGGUGGCAGAGCUGCCCAACCCAGAGCUGCCAGGCAAGGACGUCUGAGCUGCAGAGCCCUGCUCCGUGAGCAAAACCCGGGCGCCCGAGCAGCCAGCGCGGCCGCAGAGCGCAACUGCAGAGAAGCCGAUCACCGAAGCGAGCGUGUGUGCGUGUGUGUGCGCGUGUGCAGAGGAAGGCGUGCUGUGCCCGUGUGCGUGUGCAUGCAUCUGUUGACACUCGUGGUUCUCGACGCUGCCUGGCUGGAGGAGUACCUGGGGCACACUCACCGCGAGUGCUGCUCCCUGGCCGCCGCUCAGGCUGGAGGCCACGGCCGUGACUUUCAGUCAAGACCUGUCGUGGCGCGCCAGCUGCCUCGGCUGCACAGAACGCGCUGGGACCCUUAAUUGGGAUUCUGGCUUCCGCCACCCAGACCUCGCUCCUUCCUCGCCAUCCGAGGGUGCAGGAAGGCAACAUUUUUGGCUCUUGUCCAAAGCGUGGGGUUCUCAGGCAGCCAGGGUCCUGCUGAGUUUCCGCUUUCUGACCCUGGAGCUGGGCAGGCCGCAGUGUUGGGAUGCGGGCCAGAUUUCGCCACCUGGCCCUGCUUCCUUCUUGGUUUAAAAUUCCCUGCCCCCAGGCCCUCCAGACCCUGCUUUGGGCAUCCAGGCCUGAACACAAGCUUGGGAGACAGCUGAAAGUUUCCUUCAUCGUGCAGAAAUACAGCCGGACGCCAGCUGGGGUGCCGGCCGCUGCUGCGGGGAGCAGCCCAAGAGGGCAUGGCUGCCUUUCCAGGGCUUCCAACCCAAGGCGAGGACGAGGAGCCCCACUCUCCCUGCCUUCCCUGGAAGCUGAGGGCGGGGCUCAGUGCCUCUCCGUGGAGGAGACCUGGCUCCUCUGGCCACUCAGGCAGCACCGUGUCGCCACACUGCUGGCGAGGACGGCCUGUACCCAGCUGGGGAAGCCAGCCCAGGCACGAUUCUGCUCAGCAUCCGAGCCGCCAUGUCACCCGUG